AUGACUUCUGCCGGCCGCAUUAGCCUUGCAGCCCGUCUUGCAUUACCUCAGUCAAGUUACGUCUGCCUACACUGUCGGCUCCGAGCAUCAACCGCUAUAUGGGGCUCAGAGACACCGCCAGGUCAGGACGAUCCGUACGGGAAAGAGAGUGUUUCUGAUCAGAGAAGAAGGGAGAAGGAGCAAGCGAGGGAAAAGGGCAGGGAGCUUGAACCGGCACCUGAGCAGGAGGUGGAACAGCCCGAAGAUGAAGAUGAAUAUUUCGAAGCGGAUACAGCUGAAGGCCUAGAGAUGGUGGGUGGGCCUGGUUGGGGGACAAGGCAAUGGGAGGUGGCGAACCCAUUUAAAGGGUUUAGUCAACUCUACUGCAAGCAUUGCAACGUUUACUAA